UGUCAUGUGACCCUUCAGCUCCAGGACUACAGCCGGUAGUUUCUGUCAACCAAUUUGAUUAGUAUUGAACUGCAUCCAAAGAAAAGACUUGAUUCUCACUCCCCCCAAACCACUCCAGCUCUCUCUCUCUCUGUGUGUGAGUGCAAUAUAGACAUGCUCUUCCGCAGCUUGGUCGUUUUAACAGCCUUGUGCUGCUCCGCUCAGUCCGUCUAUGAUCCAGAUGAAGUGACCGAUCUCCCCGGACAGUCCUUCACCCCAAACUUCAGGCAGUGGUCAGGGUACCUGAAAGCCAGCCCCGGGCAGUACCUGCACUACUGGUUUGUGACAUCCCAGGGAGACCCAGCUAAAGACCCUCUUGUCCUGUGGUUGAAUGGUGGUCCAGGCUGCAGUUCCCUGGAUGGGUUUCUCUCAGAGAAUGGGCCUUUCCACGUGACUGAUGACGGAGCCACGCUGUACCUAAACGAUUACAGCUGGAAUAAAGCUGCCAAUGUCUUGUAUCUGGAGUCUCCAGCUGGUGUGGGCUACUCCUAUUCAGACGAUAAGGACUACAGAACCAACGACGAUGAGGUGGCUGACAACAACUUCAAAGCCCUGCAGAGUUUCUUUACUAAAUUUCCCAAUUUCACCAAGAACGAUUUCUAUGUAUUUGGCGAGAGCUACGGAGGGAUAUACGCACCCACCCUGAGCCUCAGGAUUGCCAACAGCUCUGCCAAGAUCAAUUUGAAGGGAUUUGCAGUUGGCAAUGGAAUCAGCAGCUUUGACCUCAACUACCAGUCUCUUAUCUACUUUGCGUACUACCAUGGACUGUUUGGAGAAAAACUGUGGGCUGACUUGAACAGGAACUGCUGCAAAGAUGGGACAUGUAACUUCUACAACAGCAGUGACACGGGCUGCAUUCAGGCGGUGGGCCGUGCAUUUAAUAUUAUCUAUGAUUCUGGGCUGAACGAUUAUGCUCUGUAUCUGGACUGCGCUGGCGGUGUGGGGACAGCUGCACGUUAUCACAGGGACAUGCAGAACCUCUUUCGGAACUACAGGCCGCACUGGGAUACCAGUUUGCUGGCUGUGAGAGAGGCUCCUCCCUGCAUCAACAGUACCGCCCAGACCAGCUGGCUGAACCGGGGAGACGUGCGCAAGGCCUUGCACAUUCCCGACACCCUGCCUCCCUGGGACAUCUGCAGCGAGGAGGUGGGCAGCCAUUACAAGAUCCUGUACUCCACGGUGAGGGACGUCUACCUGAAGCUGCUGGGGCUGGGCCUUCGGGCGCUGGUGUACAACGGAGACACCGACAUGGCCUGCAACUUCCUGGGUGACCAGUGGUUUGUGGAGCUGCUGAGCCAGAAGAAAACCACAGAUUACCAGCCCUGGCUGUACGACCAUCAGAUUGCUGGGUUUUACCAGCAGUUCGGCAACAUCACCUUCCUUACUGUGAAAGGUGCUGGACACAUGGUUCCACAGUGGGCACCAGGGCCAGCCUUACACAUGUUCCAGUCCUUCCUGGCCAACGCCCCUUACUGAGCUGUCCUGCUGUCCUGCACUGGGACAUUCUCACCAGGGGCCUUUAUCAGCGAUCAAUUCCAGUGAUCAACUGAUCAGCAAACUAAGAAAGCGUGGCUGCCAGAACAAACCAAAGAUUGUAUAAUUUUGUCUGAAACUGUUUUAUCAGUAGGAAGGGUAAAUAUUUCUGUGAGCCCUUUCAGCCUUAUUAUAAGGAACUAUUUCCAGAAAGAAAACCUUAUGUUCGUACACUUUGGGGAUAAAAAUAGGUAAAAAUCACUUUUUUUGUCAACUGAUCUUUGGUCCAAGUAAUGUGUUGAAAUCCUCUUAAUCAUCACAUCUCAUGCAAAGAGGGUGAAAAUAAAAUGUUUAGAAAGUCAUUAAAAACAUUGUCAUUUUUAAUAGUUGUUUCUUGCAGGAAAUCUUUAUGUGAAUUAUUUCAGGUAGUAAUUAAAGGUGUAUUUUGCUGUUUAUUUGACGUGUAAUCUUAGAGGUACAUUGAUUCUACUCUUAAUAUACCUCCAUGUUAAGAUCCUACACUUAAAGAUGUAAUAGUAAAAUGACUGUAGUACAUAGUUAAAAUUCAGGUAUGAAUUCUAUUGAGUUUAGUGUUUGUUGCGCCUGUGUAAAAUUGAAAAAUUCUCUUCUCAAAAAUGUCUGUUUGUUUGGGACUUUAUAAAUAUGCAACUUUUAUACACUUCCUUUCAAUUCAUGAGUUGAGUUGUGCAUACAUGUAAACUCAUUGCACUUGUCCUGUUCAAUACAUGUUGACUGUUUUGUUUUGUUAAAAUAUGCUUCAGACUUGUGCACUCAAACACACUGAAAGUUUGGGGAGUGCAGUAAUAUUACAUUUUUAAGGUGCUCCAUUUUUCUUCCACCUCCUAGUGAUGGAUAGGUUUGUUGGUGUCUCAAAAUUUUUCUACUCUUUCUAAACUGUGUGUUUGACCUGCAAAGGACUAGCAUCCUGUUGAAGGUGUGGUCCCAUCUCACGACUCUGGGAUUGACGUGACCUGUAGCAGGAAUAUUGGUAAUAAUCAGUCGGCACUGUUAUAGCACUUUUCUGAAAGGGAAUGCCAGAUCAUGUUUAUUAAAAUUUUAGCUCAGCACUGAAAAACGCAUAUCUACGGGGGGAAAAAGUGAGUAGAAAGAGAAUGUGAUUAAAUUUUAUUGAUUGCUACUUUUUAUUUAGUGCCGUCAGACAUUCCUAUGACAAUACCUCUGAUUGACUGCAGUUCAGUAUUUUUGCUUAACAUACCACUGGUCCGUCUGUUGCAAUAUUUGUAUUCUCUUUUUCUAAUAAAGGUUUGAUCGUCUUUUUGAA